GGAAAUGGAAUCGUCCUACAUUUUAGAUCCAGACUCCUCAGUUGACAUGUAUUCCCUACUUCAUUGCUUCACUCACUUGAUCCAACAAGAAUUGGACACGUUUCGGACCAGUUGGAAUUGCCAUCGUAUUCGGACAUGCCGUAAUGAAACACCCAAUCAAAUGUAUUACAGUGGGCUUGAUAAUCUUGCCCAGUGCUCUAAGGAGUUCGGGCAAUAUUUCACAGAAUUAGAUCAGGAUUUAUUGACAUUUAUUGCUGACACCGAUAUCCACGAGAGUGACAAGACGGUUGAGUACGUAGAAGUUCACAUCCCUGAUCGUUACGAACAUUUGGAACAUUUACUGGAAGAUAGUCAAAAUUUUGUCUAUCAAAGAUUCCCAGUUUCAGGAAUUACCAAACAAAAUGUUAUUCAUUGUUACAUCGAAAUAAGAGCUUUGGUGCAAGAUUAUGUUUCUCAGUAUUUCUGACAAGAAAUAA